GAGCCGGAUCUAACGGGAGGGGACGGGGACGGGGACGGGGACGGCCACCGCCUGCACCUGGGGACAGCGACGGGGACGGGGACAGCGCCGGGGCCCCCCGCCCCCCCAGCACAGGCAGGAUGAGCUUCGCGGCGGUGCUGGCCCAGGUGGGCGGCAUGGGCCGCUUCCAGGCGCUGCACACGGCGCUGCUGGUGCUGCCGCUGCUGCUCAUGGCCAGCCACAACCUGCUGCAGAACUUCACGGCGGCGGUGCCCCCCCACCGCUGCCGCCCCCCGGCCGCCCCCAACGCCACCCGCGGCCCCAACGGCACCCGGGGGGGGCCCCCGCCGCCCCCCGCCGCCCCCCCCGAGCUGGGGCCCUGCCGGCGCUACGCGGCCCCCAACGCCACCGAGCCCUGCCGCGACGGCUGGGACUACGACCGCAGCGUCUACGUGGCCACCAUCGUCUCCGAGUGGGACCUGGUCUGCGGCUACCGGCAGCUGCGGCAAAUGGCCCAGUCCAUCUACAUGGCCGGGGUCCUGGUGGGUGCCCUGGUCCUGGGCAGCCUCUCGGACAGGUUCGGGCGCAAGGCCCUGCUGAUGUGGUCCUACCUGCAGCUGGGGGUGACGGGCACCUGCGCCGCCUUCGCCCCCAACUACGCGGCCUACUGCGUCUUCCGCUUCGCCAGCGGCAUGGCCCUCUCCGGCUUCGGCCUCAGCGUCGCCUGCCUGGUGGUGGAGUGGAUCCCCACGCCCUACCGCGCCAUCACCGUGGCCAUCACCGGCUUCGCCUACACCCUGGGCCAGAUCCUGCUGGCCGGCGUGGCCUACGCCGUCCCCCACUGGCGCUGGCUCCAGCUCGCCGUCUCCCUGCCCUUCUUCUUCUUCCUCCUCUACUCCUGGUGGCUGGCCGAGUCGGCCCGGUGGCUGGUGCUGUCGGGGAAGGCGGAGACGGCGGUGAAGGUCCUGCAGCGCGUGGCCAGGAUAAACGGGAGAGCGGAGGAGGGGGAGAAGAUCACGGCGGAGAUCCUCAAGGCCGACAUGCAGAAGGAGUUGGCGGGCAUGAAGUCGUCCUACACCGUCUCCGACCUGGUCCGGACCCCGGCCAUCCGGCGCAUCUUCCUCUGCCUCUCCAUCGUCUGGUUCUGCAUCAGCUUCUCCUACUACGGGCUGGCCAUGGACCUGCAGAACUUCGGGGUCAGCAUUUACCUCAUCCAGGUGAUCUUCGGCGCCGUCGACUUCCCGGCCAAAGUGGUGGUGACCAUCUCGCUGAGCUACAUCGGCCGGCGGGUGACGCUCGUGGUGUCCCUCCUCUCGGCGGGGCUGGUCAUCAUCGCCAACAUCUUCGUCUCCACAGAGCUCCAGACCGUGCGCACGGCGCUGGCCGUCAUCGGCAAGGGCUGCCUCUCCGCCUCCUUCAACUGCGUCUUCCUCUUCACCACCGAGCUCUACCCCACGCCCAUCCGGCAGACGGGGCUGGGCUUCGGCAGCACCAUGGCGCGGGUGGGCGGCAUCGUGGCGCCGCUGGUGAAGAUGAUGGAUGAGUACUACCCCUUCGUGCCCCCCGUGGUCUACGGGGCGGUGCCCAUCCUCUCGGCUGUGGCGGCCGGCUUCCUCCCCGAGACCCUCAACGUGCCGCUGCCCGACACCAUCGAAGAGGUGGAGACCAGGUACAAACAGAAGCAGAUGGAAGACACCAAGGAGAAGAUCCCGCUCCAGGCCCAGGACAAAGCCCUGCAGAAGGAGGCUUGAGGGGCUCCAGAGGGGGCUUGACCACCCCCCCCACCCCCCCCCGGCCGGGCCCCCACGGGAAUAAAGCAGCUCUUCCGCAGC